AUGACAGCAACCAACCAAAGCCCAGACGACGAUCCUUCCCCCACCACGGCCCAGCACGAUGCCGCUCGGCAAGCCUUGGAUGCGUACAUGCAAGACAAGUUAGGCGCUGCCUCGGAAUGCCUGGGGCGCUGGAAACGAGAACAAUGUUGUGACAAGUCUCGUUUUUUGUACUGUCCCGAGUGUUGCAGUCUUUUGGUCCCUCCUUCCGACCGACCGGUUGGCUUUUCCAAACCGCUACCAUUCGAUAUUCAUUUUAUUCUGGACGAUCGACGGGGGUCGUCUACGGGCGUACAGCUCAUGGCCCUGUUCCAGUCGAUGAUGCAAGAAGAAGAAGAAGAAAGCGACAAUAAACACUCGACGAUCCAAAUGUUCGAUAUUACGGAGCAUUCUCAAGAUAUUCCACCGUAUGAAGAAAAUGCAGAAUACCGAGAAGGAACCUAUCUGUUAUUUCCAGGGGAAGGAUCGGUACCAUUAUCUUCAGUUCUAAAUAAUAAUGCGAACGACAACAACAAAAAUCCGCUGAAAACCCUGGUACUCAUGGACUGUAAAUGGUCCCGGCCAAGUUCUCGGUUCCAUCCUUCGAUUGCUUCCCUGCCCAAGGUAUCCUUGGACCAUCCACCCGAAAAGUCCUAUUAUUGGCGUUGGCACAAUACCGGAGCCGGAAUGCUAUCGACGGUUGAGGCGCUCUUUUUUGCAUCCUGGCAGAUUUGUUCGUCGAGUAGUAGUAGUAUUGGAAAAUGGACACAAGACCAAUGUCAAGAAGAACUGGUUCGGCUGCUAUGGUUGUUUCGUCUGCAACGAACCAUUAUUCAAACCAAAUACGACAACAACGAAGUGAACCGAUGCAAUCCGUAUGCGCCCUUUACCGAAGAAGGCAAACAGUUUUCCAGAUUGCUUCGGAAACAAAAGUAA